CAGAUCUAUUUUAUUUCCAUUUUUCCUAAAUAAGUUAAUGUUAGUUAUGGAUGUGAUGAAAAGUGAUGGCAGAGUAUUAUCCCUUCAGAGCCAUGUUGUUUCAGGCUAUGUGGGGAACAAGAGUGCAACAUUUCCUUUACAGGUUCUGGGUCUUGAAGUUGAUGCCAUAAACUCAGUACAGUUUUCUAACCACACUGGAUAUGCCCACUUCAAAGGACAAGUCAUGAAUGCUCAAGAGCUUGAUGAGCUGCUGGAAGGGCUCCACCUGAAUGGUCUGAGUGUGGGUAAAUAUAGUCAUUUGCUGACAGGUUAUAUUGGAUCCGAGUCAUUCCUGAAAGCGGUUGGAAAAUCUGUGCAGGUUCUCAAGCAAGAUAACCCAGGAAUGACUUAUGUUUGUGAUCCCGUGAUGGGGGAUAACGGUGCCAUGUACGUUCCUGCUGAGCUUCUGCCCAUCUACCGAGAGACGAUUGUGCCUCUGGCAGAUAUUAUCACGCCCAACCAAUAUGAGGCUGAACUGCUGAGUGAGAAGAAGAUAGAGACCGAGGCUGACGUGGCAGCAGUGCUGGACUGGUUCCACGACAAGGGCGUCAAGACGGUCGUGCUCUCCAGCACAGAUCUGGGCAACGCUGAGCAGCUUAUUGGCAUUGCCUCCACCAAAGAGGAUGAGGGAAGCUGCACUCGCCUACGCAUCGCCAUGCCACGUUUGCCAGUGAACUUUACAGGCACAGGAGACUUGUUUGCGGCACUCCUGCUGGGGUGGCUCUUCCGUUCUGGUCAUGACCUAAAGAUGUCAGUGGAGAACACAGUGGCGACCAUGCAGAGCAUCCUAACAGCGACGUACGCACACGCUGUCGCCACCUCCAGCGACGCAGCAGGCGACAAAAAGUUAACGCCCGCCAGCCUGGAACUUCGUCUCGUGCAGAGCCUCGACUGCAUCAGAGAGCCUCGAGUUGUGAUAAAGGCCACUCGGAUAUAAUGGAGCGGACGGUAUUAUUGUUUGUUGCAUUGACACUCAGGCAUACCCUGGGGUUGGUUUGGGAGACGGACUAGAGAGAGUAUCCCAGGGUCGUUCGUGGAAUGGAUAUUAGCAGUUCCCAUUUCCAAGAUCGAGGCAGGAUUGUGGAUAUUGAGUGAUUUUUUUUCGAUGUCGCGAGAGCGACUGUCUAAUUUACACGGUCAAUUGCUCGUGUUCUAUCACCGCCUGUUGUUAACUCUGUAGGAGAAAACGCGUGAAAAUGGUUGUGUUUGAAUUACGGGCUGUGUCAAUUACCACUAGCAUGACAUUCAGAUCUCAAAGAGCCAGUGAAACCGAUAGCAUCUUAGUCUGCUUUUCCUAGUAGUUAAAUGGUCAUACGUGAUUAUGAGUUAGCAUUGAUUGAUUAUGUGUAUAUAUAGAUCAUGGUACUCAGGUCUUCCAUAGAUUCCAUAGACUUAUAUAUGUAAGAAAUUAUUUUAUCUGUUGGUAGUAGCGAGUUUGGUGACUGCGUGGUCAGAAUCCUAUUAGGUUCGUUUGUUAUGUUUUUUUUAUGCUUACAAUUGAGAAUCUUUGCAAGGUCCUUGCCUGCUAGCUGCUAUAAGAUUUAUUAACUCAACUGUUCAGUUUUUCACCGUACAAUUACAAAUUUCUUUGAAUGUAAUCAAGCAAACAUUCAUUUAUUAUAUCAACUUUUGAAGCAUCAUUCGGUGUUGCUUUAUUUCUUUAAAGCAAUUCAAAUUAAAUUUUUAAACGUCACCAGUCGCUCGAAAAUUAGUUACUGGACUUAGCUGGCUUAUUUGUUUUAUAAUUUACAUUUCAGUGCCAAAAUGAAUUGAAUACAAGGGU